CAAACAUAUUGAUAUCCCUUUUGUUAACCAAACAAAAAUAUGGCUUCGAUUAUUGAGCAAUGCCAAGUUGCACCACCUACAUGUGCCAGAAAUAAGCUAACACUCCCUUUAACUAGCUUUGAUACUUUGUGGUUAUUUCAUAACCAGCAUGUACCAAGGAUUUUAUUCUAUAAACUCCACAUUGACAAAAAUAGUUUCAUUCAAAAUAUUAUUCCUACUCUCAAACAUUCACUCUCACUCACUCUCAAACACUAUCUACCACUAGCUGGCAACCUUGUUUGUCCAUGGAAUUCUACCGGUUAUCCUGAACUACGUUAUGUAACAGGAGAUUCUGUAUCUGUUACUUUUUCUAAAAGUACUGACAUGGAUUUCGAUUAUCUUGUUAGUAAUGAUCAUACACAUAACGUUAAGGAUUUUCAUCCCUUUGUUCCUAAAAUGGCGGAACCUAAAGAUGCAUCCGGGGUCCAAUUUGCACCGGUUUUAGCUAUUCAAGUGACACUUUUUCCCAAUCAUGGCAUUUCUAUUUCUUUCUUAAUCCAUCAUGUCGUUGGUGACGCAUCUACCAUAGUAGGGUUCAUAAAGUCAUGGGCUUUGCUCAACAAAAACAACGAAAAUGAUGAGUUCAUGAUUCCGUUUUAUGAUCGGUCUAUUGUCAAAGACUCUUAUGGACUAAGAGAUUAUAUAUGGGAAGAAAUAAAGAAACAUAAGAAAGAGAUUAGGAGUGACAUAAUUGUGACUCCUUGUCAUGAUAAUAACAUAGUUCAAGGUACAUUUACUAUAGGACGAGAUCAUAUUGAAAAACUCAAGAAUUUAAUAUCAUUAAGACGACCAAGCCUGACUCAUGUAACAUCAUACACCGUAACAUGUGGUUAUGCAUGGAGUUGUUUGGUAAAAUCAGAGGACGCGGCAGAAAUAAUAGAUGAGAACUUAAUGGAAUACUUUGGAUGUUCGGUAAAUUACAGAGCGCGAUUUGAUCCACCACUUCCUUCAUCUUAUUUUGGGAAUUGUAUCAUUUGGUACAUUGCAAGUACAAAGCAUGUUGAUUUAGUAGGAAAUAAUGAAGGAUUUAUAAUUGCAACGGAAUCGAUUGCAGAAAUUAUUUAUAAAAGGAACAAUGAUAAAGAAUACGUGUUGAAUGGUGAUUGGUUGAAAGAAGUUGGUGCGGCGGCAAAUACGGGUCGAUAUGUUUCGAUUGCUGGAUCGCCAAAAUAUGACUUAUAUGAAGCUGAUUUUGGUUGGGGAAAGCCAAAAAAAUGGCACUUUGUUUUUUCCGGGAAUGGUUUAGUGAUGUCUCUUAGUAAGUCUAAGGACUCUUAUGGAGAUUUGGAAAUUAGUUUGUCUUUGCCAAAAACUCGAAUGAAUGCUUUUGCUGCUAUAUUUGCUGAUGGACUUAGCGUCCUAUAGCCCGUUUUCAUUUCAUGGAUGUCCUAGAGGGCUAACGUAGAGUUCUGCUGCUUUUGUAGAGAUGAUAAUCGAAA